AUGUUCAACCUCUUCGCCUCCACCAAGAACUCCACCCCCGCCGACGGCGCUCCCACCUGGAACCCCAACACGGCCACCAUGAUGCCCACGACCAUGCAGCAACCCUCGAGCCCCCAGGCCCCGUCCACCGAGCGCGUCGUCACCGAGCAGCCCUCCACCCAAGAACAAAUGCAGAUGAACCUCCGCGGUGGCGGCGGCGGCGGCGUGUGCUGUGGCGUUUGCGCGGGGUUGUUGUGCUUUGAGUGCUGUGAGGAGUGUUGCUAG